AGACCCCCGGUAGUGACGGAGGCUCUCCGGUACUUGGAGGUGUUUUGCAGAUGGAGGUUUCGGUUUCGGGGUCCACCGAGCCUCUGUUUAUCAAUCAGCACUGAUCGAUUAUUGAUGCCACCGCUGCGCAGCCGCCCACCCCCCCGCGCCCACCCCCGCGACCCCCGUCCUCCAUCAUGUUCUCUCACCGGAGGAUGAGUCGGUAGGUGGCUAACAGCGAGCUAACGUUACCGAGCAAGGCUGCACCGGGCGGGUUUUUCUCAUGUCUCUUCAUGUUCUGACGUCGUUCCGAGGAGCCGUUACCGUCCGGACCGGCUGUGGGUCCGUGCUCGGCGGGGAGUCCCGUUAGCGGGGAGGAUGCAGCAGCUAGCCUCCGUUAGCUCCGCCGCUGUUUAUUUAUCUCGCUGUUAUGUAAGUGCGGAGCGCGUUUAGCCGCCGAGCUAACGUUUUGCCUGUCAGCAUGAAUGACGCGCAGCAAGACCUGUCUCCAGACUUCGUCCUGAUGCGGCUUGUGUCCGCGGCCGAGUAUGACAGGCUGGACGAGCCCGACGACCUGAUGUCCGGGGGCGGCGGCGGCGGCUUCGGGCCCGUUAAGUCCGUGCUGGGUCACCACGGCGGGGGCUUUGAUCUGGACCCCAGCGGCCCCUCGCCAGGCCUCGGCUCGGCCUCCCCGCACUACAGCUCGCCGCUUCCCGGGAAAGGCGAGCUGGACGGCGGGCUGAUGCUGACGCAGGCCUCGCCGGGAUCAGAGGCUCCGCUGUCCCCGCCGCCGCCGGAAGACUUUGCCGUCGCGGCCCAGAGGUUCGUGGACUACCCGGUGCAGCACGGCUCGGCGGGGCACGGGUCGAGGGCUCAGCUGAUGGUGUUCCAGAACCUGCUGCGGUCCGGUGACCGGAUUCUGGAGUGCGGACUCGAGCAGCCGCCCCCGGGGUUUCUGCAGGAGGAGGCAGAGAAGCAGAGACAGCAGCUGGACCCAGGAUCCGGUCCUGGUAGCACAACAGCUGGUCCCGGGCCUGGAGGCGGCAGGGACCAGAACUCACACUGCAUCCCCUCUGCAGAGGAAAACCUGCACCCGCAGCCACAGAUCCUCCAGUGGCACCCGGUCCUCAGACUGUCUAAGGGGACUGAUGGAUCUCAGAUGUCACAGGGCGACCCAGCUCUGGACCCUGAGCCUGGGUCAGCCCUUUGCCACCGACACCGUCUGUUGACUGACAGACUGGCUAAAUGGCCCCCGGGCCUGCUAGACCAAGCACUCCGUUUGGGCCUGCUGGACCCCAGGAAGACCUGUCCCUCUGGGGGGGAAGACCCAGUCCUGGCUCUGGCCCGAAGGCUGGGACAGCUGAGUGAGGGGAGGGAGGGAGGUCGAGGAGGAGGUGGGGGAUGCUCGUGUCACAGUGUGCUGGCCUCGGGUACUGGGGGCGAGGACCCGAGUGAGACCAGUGACGCCUUGCUGGUCCUGGAAGGUCUGGGGUCUGAAGAGGUUGGUGGACUGCAUGAGGGAGGGGACAGGGACUUUGGGGAUACUGAGAAAGUAGAGAGGAUAGGGGUUGGAGGGGGGGACUCUGUGGAGGCGGGGCCUGUGUUCUCCAGUGGGACUCUGAGCGGUCUGAUGCGGCAGGUCCACAGGCUGGCAGAGGAGGCAGGGGUCUGCACAGAUCAGUCCUGCAGAUCCUCACUUGCGGUCCUGGGUGCUGCGGUGUCCCUCCCAACCUGUGUAGACCCCGGCCCCUCAUCGCAGCCCUCAGCGGUCUCCAGGUGUCCCCGAAUCGCCCCCGACCUCCAUCCUCGCCCCGAGCCCCCGCCCCCCACCAGCACCAGUCCCGCUCCCAGCCCCAAAGCCGCGCCACCACCCCAAACUCGGAUUGGCCUCGGGCGGAGCGGGCCGCUGCGCCUCCCCCUGGUGGUCCUCGAGGGGGACGGGGGGAAAGAGGGGGAGAAGACGCCACGGGGGAAGUCCAGGAAAGGAGGAUCCCUAAAGGUCCGGCUCAGUAAGCUGUUCCGGACCAAGAGCUCCAGCGGGGUUCAGGGGGGCUGCUGGACAAGAGGCCAUCCCUGGCGUCGUCGACUUCAUCAGGGGGGAGUCUGCUGGACGUGUGGGGUCGACCUGCAGCACGCCGAGCAGGACAGCAGCAGGCUGCAGGUCAGACCUCACAGUGCCUUCUCUCCGGUGCCCUUCACUCCUGCUUUCACCGGUGAGACGGUGUCUCUGGUUGAUGUGGAUAUUUCUCGAAGGGGUUUGAACCCUCUUCACCCCCCUACGCCUCCCCCCCCACCCAGACGGAGCCUCAGUCUGCUCGAUGAUUUCGGGGGUCCUCCUCAGCAGCAGGGUCAGUUCGGUGAGCGCAGUGUGGGGGCUUCCAUGCAGUCUCUGCCACCCAGACCGAUGGCCCUGCCCCCCUCUCUUAGCACCAUUCAACACAGCCUGAGCCUCAACGACGCCUUCCUGAGAGGUUUACCCAGACCCAUCCCUCUGCGUCCCAACGGCCAGCAACUCCCGCCCCGACUGGCCCCUCGCUGCCCGCUCAGUCGACCCGAUGCCGGCAGCUUUGCCACUAGCCUCAGAGAACUGGAGAAGUGCGGAUGGUACUGGGGCCCGAUGAACUGGGAGGAUGCAGAGAUGAAGCUGAAGGGGAAACCCGACGGGUCGUUUCUGGUUCGGGACAGUUCAGACCCGCGAUACAUCCUGAGUCUGAGCUUCAGGUCGCAGGGAGUCACACACCACACACGCAUGGAGCACUACAGAGGGACGUUCAGUCUGUGGUGUCAUCCGAAGUUUGAGGAUCGAUGUCACUCUGUGGUUGAGUUCAUAGAAAGAGCCAUCAUGCACUCAAAGAACGGAAAGUUUCUCUACUUCCUGCGCUCCAGAGUCCCCGGUCUGCCCCCGACCCCGGUCCAGCUCCUGUACCCGGUCUCCAGGUUCAGCAGCGUGAAGUCUCUGCAGCAUCUUUGUCGCUUCUGUAUCAGACAGCUGGUCCGCAUCGACCACAUCCAGGAGCUGCCGCUGCCCACGCCUCUGAUCUCGUACCUGAGGAAGUUUUAUUACUACGACCCCGAGGAGGAGAUCAGCCCCCCUCUGAAGGAGAGGGGGGCGGAGCCAAGCAGCCAGCCGGGGGUCCCGUCUCAAACGUAGCACUGGAGGCUCAGAGGACCACUCUUUUUCCUUUCUCUGAUUUUUCUGCGUUUUUUUGGACACUCGAUCACUGAAGGACGUUCAACUAUUCAAACCGGACUCAGAGUGCAGCCAAUCAGCUCUCUUUGCUCGGUCCUGUAUCCAGGCGGGUUUCAGAUGAUCCGCCCUCCUCUGAGCGCACAGAUAAGUUCACGGCGAGUCGACAGGGGAGGGACCGGGGAUGUGGAGACUCCGCCUCUCUCUCAAAUGAUGUCAUCACUGAGCAGCUGGACUAAAGGACACAUGACAUCACUGUUAGCAAAGACGCUAAAUCGCUAAAAACAACAAAAACAAAACAAAGAACCUCGGAGAGAGGAGACACUUUUCGUCGCCUCUGGGAUCCUUUACUGUCCGACACACACCUGGAGAUUUCAAACCUGCUGCGACCUACACUGUAAAAAGUUCACCGUGACGCCGGGGGGGUCUUUCUCAGAGCAGCGGUUGGUUCAAUUCCACAGAUCGAGUUGAUUCAAAACUCCAGAAACCAGGAGGAUCAAUGUCGCUUAGUCCUGCACCUGUCAUGUGAUACAACAGGUCAGAUACUUGAGUUUGAAUGCUGCUAUCAGCAGUUCUAACUUGUACAAAUGCACUGUAUCUAAAACCAGCUCCUGGAGCAUUGUGGGUAAAAUGAGCAGAUCAGAUUUUGCUGUCAGUCAGAAUACGUUAAAGGGAGAAUUUGAGAUUAUCUUGAAAAAUAGAUUCUAGAACAAAACGACCAACACAGCAAUAAAAAAAAAAGUUUAUUAAAUUAAAAUAAAUGAAUGUUUAUAGAAAAAUAAAAAAUACAAUUCAAGACCCUUUACACUGUAACUCCAACACAAUACUUUUAUUAAGCUUCUUCUACCAGGGAUGCUGCUUAAGUUACACUCUGAUGGUGAUUGGCCAAAAAGAGUGGUCUCUUAUAUCUCAUGGUGACGUCCCCGACCCCCCCCCCCCCAACAUCCCCAACUAAAUUCAGCUUACAAACUAAAGUUUGGAAAUCAAAAACAAAAUAUUUGACUUUGAAAAUAAACUUAUUUUUUUGACUGCAGUGUGAUUGGUGUUCGUCAAUCUGUUUUUUUUUUUUUUUAAAUCUCAUUGAGUGAAGUUUAACUCUGGAACGUAUUCUGGUUGAUUUAUAUUAAAGACACAAAGGUCAAAAGGUCGUAUUUUCGCCCCCCCCCCCAGCACACGACGCUGCAGACUGAGAAAGCCCCCCGUCAGUGCACACAUCAGAUCCAAAUGUUGGAAACUCACUUUGAGUCACUUUGAGUUCUUUUUAAUUUAAUUUAGAAUGUUAUUUAUUACCAUGCUGCUAAAUGCAGCAUUAAAGGUACUUCCAUGUUGAGCUGAGUUUGUCAUGUUGGAAUAGAAGUUUUUCUAACUACAGAAACUCUGACGUGUUGAAGUCAAACACAGCAGAGUUUUUCAGGGACGGCUUGAGGUGCGUUUACAUGUUGUUUCUUUGUCAUAACUUUUGGGGUUGAAGGUCAGAGUCUGCUCGAAACCUGAUCCGCAGAGUUCGUCCGACCUAAGUCGUGCGUUUUGUUCAGACCAAAAGUGAAGCCUGAGUUUUGGCACUUUACGAUUACUUACAAGCUCAAUGAAAAGGAUGCUGAAAGACCUUUAAUUGGCAGCGUGCACGAGACCCUCCUGACGUCCUGUUGUUCGAUCAGAAGUUGUCAAACUCCAUUAAAAGUUGCUUGCUUUGUGUUUCUUGCAGACAGAGUUGGCAAAGCAUGAAUUCAGACAUUUCACAAAUCUGCAUUACAACCUAGUUAUUUCAGCAUCCUUUCCUCCUGUUUAUGAUCUUUUAAUCACAGUCAAAUCUGUGAAUUUUAGGGGUUUUUAGUGCUUAAAGGAAGAAUGUGCAGAAAUCCAGUUUAUCCUCUGAAAAUGUCUCUCUGAGUUGUGACUGUCAACAAAGAGAGAAGCGCUGUCUGCGAUGUUUUCUGAGCUGUGUCUACAUCAUGUUUACAUUGACGGGAUGGCUGGCGUAUAAAGCUGUUUAAGUCAAGGACUAGAGAAAAGAAGAACACACUCACUGCUUAUUUAAAUGUCAUGUAAGCGUUUUUAGAUCACGGUCAUUCUGUGUAAUUUUACAUACAAUGUGAAGCUACGAGCUAACUAAAAAGAGUGCUACCAGAAGCCUGCCAACACAACAAUGCAGCUCGAGACAAGGACUGUUUUGUCCUGAACCGGGUCCUAUCCGAAAGGCCGUUUGCGCUUAGCGCUUAAUGCUUAAUUAUGGUGCGUUCUAAUUCAUAACUCUUUUGUGUAAACUCGAGUAGAGAGGGGUUGGAGGUGUGUCGCCAAACAGCAGUUUGUUUUGGUUUCAUGCUGGUGCUCAAGGGCGACAUCUACUGGAUCAAAAAGUCACACAUUCGUCCUCUAAGUGAGACAGAUUUGAGCUGAUGCUGGGACCGAUCUAAGCGAACAGUUUAUCAACUGGACACUGGGAAGAGCAGGAACGUGAAUCUAGAAAAGUUCCUUGAGAAAGAGGGGAAAAUGAAAUGUUGUUAUGAGCCCCAACAAGAUGGUGUUUAGAUUUUUGAUGUGUCUGCAAAGGUGAAUAUUUGUUGCUCAUGUUCAUUAAAUGUUAAUUAGCUCACACUAGAUACACAAGGCAAAAGAUGUGCUUCACUUUUGGUCUAAACUUUACAGCUGCUGGUUCAGUACAGGUUCGGGUCUCCUGCAGAGCUCUUCAUUCUACUGUGACAUUUUAGCCUAAAAGGCGUUCAUGUGUUUUUGUUUUUUUUGUCCUGCUUUAUCAGUAAUGAAUUUAAACGGGCCAAACAGCCACAGAUCAGUGAGCGUGUCUGAUGAAUGUUUAAUUGUUUUUUCUGUUUUGUUUUCUGAACUUUUGUGAUGUAUUUGUACUGAAAAAUCACUGCACUGUCUAAGAAAGACCAAAAAACAGGAGAGAAAAAAAAAAAAUCAAUGUUGGAGACAACCACAGGAUCCCAGAGGCGACCGGCCGCACCGACUGCUGUGGCGACAUUACCAAAAAACGAAAAAACAGUAGAAGAAGAAGGCUUACGGUCGAAGACUACUGAUCUGCAUUUCACUGGAACAGGCUGGUGUUUGGAUGAACUGGAGUUUGAUUGAUUCAGACACUUGAGGGAGUUUUGUCCCAGCAGACACUGGGAACACUGGAGCUGGGACGUGAGCGCCCUGUGGGGGACACUUCCAUGAUGUCAAAACAGAGAUGGGGGAGGGGCAGGGCACAAACGCGUCUGAAUGCCGCACACCGAAGGACUGAUGAAGAGGAAAUGUGUGCGCAGGGAAACAAUAAAGUAGUAAUCUGUCAUUUUUGUGCAGUCAACUGUUAAUAAAACAGUGUGGGCGGGGCUUA